AUGGACCACGCCGUAGUACAGCGCUGGCUCCGGCAGGUCCUCGCGCCAUACUCGCACCCGCAGCGCACCUACCUCGACCUCGACGCCGCCCUCGUCGCCCUCUCGUCCCUCUCGCCGAGCACAGAGCCAUUCACCUACAACGACGGUCGCACACACCUCCUCGUCACCUUGACCGGCACCAUCCCCGUGCACUACCGCGGCGCAACCUACAACAUCCCCGUCCAGUUCUGGAUUCCAAAAGACUACCCGGACACCCACCCCAUCGCCUACGUCGUCCCCACCCCAGACAUGCUCGUGCGCAAGGGCCCAAACCUCGACCCCAGCGGCGAAAUCGGCGGGCCCUACCUCGCUCGCUGGAACGCAAAACCAGAGGCGUGCAACCUCCUCGAUCUCAUCCGCGACUGCCAGCACAUCUUUGGCCAGCAGCCGCCAGUCUACGCCAAGCCCAGAGAGGCAGCAAACCCUGGCCCGGCCACCCCGACGCACCAACCCUCCCCCGGCCCCUCCCACCACGCCUCGGCAGCGCAGUACGAUCUACGUCAGCAGCAGCAGCAGCCGCCCUUACCCCCGCAGCCGCAGUCCUUUGCCACACAGGGCAACCAGCCCAUCAACGGAGAUGCUCGCCAGCGACCGCCUCCGCCCGCGCCGCAACCGCACCAUGACCCCUCCGCAUCCAGCCGCUCGCCCUCCGCAUCACCCGCACCGCAUCGUCCGCCGAAGCCAGCGCAGUCGCCCGAGGCGCUCGUCAGCCAGGACCCCAGGUACGGCCUGCACCUCAACGGCAACCGCAACUCGUACGCCUACGGGCAGCCCGCACCGCCACCCCACCUCGCCCCACAUCGUUCUGCCUCGGGCGACUUCAGCUCGGUGGGAGCGGCGCCGGCGUCCCCCCUCCAGGGGCCAUCGAGGCAUCAGCACGGUCCCGGCCGCUCCAGCUCGCCGCACAUAUCUUCGACGUCGAUGCACCUGUCGCCGGGCCACGAGGGCAGACCAGGCCAGCACCGACAGUCUUGGGACGACAGGGCUCCGGCACCUCAGCCAUACUCUCAGCCGGCCCCCUUUCCGCCUCACCGUCACCAACAGCCGCAGCAGCAGCCUCACUUUGCUCCACCUGCUGCCGGGACGCAGGAUCUAGCACCGCAGUCGCCCGCAUCGAUGCGGAGUCACCCUGCACCGUCUUCGGCGGCAGCCCCAUCCUACCAGCAGCAGCAACAGCAGCAUCAGCAGCCCCCUCACCUGCCGCAGCAACAGCAGCCCGCCUACACUUCGUCCCCACAGUACCAGCAGCGGUACCAGCAGCACGGGCAGCCGCAACAGCCACCGCUCGCCCCACAUCCACCCCAACAUCCGAUGCAGCCGCCUGGAGCGCACGCAUCGUCUGCGGCACCGACUUCGCAGCAGCCGCUGCCUCCCAAGCACCGUCAGGCUAACCUCAUGGAUGCCCUCGACGACGACGACGACGGCGGCGGCGGCGGCGGCGGGACGAUCGAGGAUCACUCUAGAGGCGGUCCGACGUCGCGGUCACUUGCGGGCAGUGCGAGCGCGGCGACGGGAGCACCUCCGCCUCCUCGGCCGCCGAACCCGGAGCUUCUGGCGAUGCACGACCGGCUGCUGUCCAAGAUCGAUUCGCGGCUUUCGGCGCUGUCGGCGUCGCUGUCGCAGUCCAACCAGCACCUCGAGGUGCUCUCGGCGGACUUGGACCGGGGGCGGCCUGCCAUCGAGGACGAGAUGCGGCGGCUCGAGGCGGUGCGCGACGUGUGCCGCGUGACGGGCGACCGCGUCGAGGCGACGGUGGUCGAGGCGCAGAAGCGGAUCGAGUGGCUGCGCAGCAAAGAGGAUCCGGACGUCGACGGCAUGGUGCUUGCCACGAGCAUCGUCGGGAAUCAGCUGGUCGACCUGGUGGCCGAGGACAAUGCCAUCGAGGACACGCUGUACCAGCUCGGGCGGGCGCUCAACGCCGAGCGGAUCGAGCUGGACCGCUUCCUCAAGCAGACGCGGAUGCUGGCGAGGGAGCAGUUUAUGAAGCGCGCCCUGGCCCACAAGAUUGUCGAGGGCAUGGGCUGGCACCAGUAG